AUGGAAAUUGACAAAAUAGAGGCUCAAUUAUUCAGCUCUUUGAACAAAUUCUUACUACUAAUAAACAAUAAUACCACCACUACUAAUAAUAACAAUAACAAUGAACCAAAAGUUAUAUCCAAUUUUUUGAGAUUAAACUUACUAACACAUCUACGACACUAUGUUUCAGAAAUUACCACUAUUACUUCGUAUGAUGAACAUGCACAAACCAAAUUUUCCAACUUCAUUAAUCCCGUAAAUUUCGAAUGUUUAAUUCAAUGGUGGAUCACAUUGUUAAAUUUUUUGAAUAGCAAGCCAGAUUUAGCUAUAGAGCCUGUUUCUGUUGCUUUGGAGUGUAUCAGUAGAAUUAUGACAUGCUGUUCGAAAAUGGUGAGUGAAUUCCAAAAAACUGGAAACAUUGCACUGAAUUAUCAAGAUAUCUACUCACAGCAUCUAAUGUUAGCUAUUCAUUUUGUUACUAAUAAAUUUAUUUUAUUUUCAAAGGUUACUAAAAGACAAUCUUUGCAAAGGUCCUAUGGUGCCAAAUCAAAACAGAAAAUACCUGCUAAAGAUACAGUCAGUAGAGAAACUGUGGACUAUGUAACCAAAUAUAAGUCUCUUUUGUUAGUAUGGAUAGGCAAACUUAUGGCAUUUUCAUUUUGGUAUUUAAAAGAUAGUUUUAAUUAUGAUUAUUUACUCUUAAACUCGCUAAUUCAAGGUGGCAAAACAUUCAGAUUGAAAGAAGAAGUCGUCACUAGUAUUGAAGAAAAUAAAAUGCAACCCUAUAAAAAAAGAACAUAUAAACUAAUCGCGAGGAGUGAAAAACAAAGUGACGAAACUAACAAUACCACUGUUAAUAACAAUAAUAGUAAUAAUGUAUUCAGGAUUUUAAUCUCCUACUUGCAAAACAAUACAGUUUUUUUAACAUUUUAUUACCAUUAUUGGUGGAUUUGUAUUUACAACUUUGAUUUCAAAUUCAUUAAUAUCAACAGUUUUUCUUCUGAACUGCAUGGUUUUGGUGUUUUAGAACACUACAUUGCCAACCGAAUAAAUAUGGAUUUUAAUAAUUAUAUUAAAUCCAGUAAAUCGAUUAAUCAACCAGAUGAUUCACCUGCUUCAACUAACAAUAAUGGUAGCAGUAACACUAAUCAUGCCCAUAAUACAAGUGAAUACGGUCGCACUAUCAAUUAUUGUUAUAACAGAAUGUUUGUUUUUAAGUUGUGGGAUACUCUAGGUGAGUUGAUUAAUAAACAUUGUGCUAUAAACAACUCAAAUUUAGCCCAGCAAUUACUUCAAAUACAUGAUAUCAUUCAACUAAAGAUUAUUAAGAAAAUUCCCGCAUACGAUGCAAACUUGGCAAACAUUAUAUUCCAGCAUUUGUUGGCUUUUAUUGCAUUUAAAUUUGUAGGUCCUGAUAAAGCAACAACUGCGCUUUCUUUGAACUGGGAUUUAUGGACUAAAGGCUUAGUUAAUUUAAUGAAAUCUUUGAAUUUACAUUGUCAAAGCAUAGCGUUUGCUACAUGUUUUAAUAUGUGGAUGGUUAUCCCAACAAAAUAUCAAAUUAGAAUAUCUCAAUUUAUUUUCGAUAACUGGAAUUCAUUAAUACUGGGAAAUAGUUCUGAUUUGGUUGUUAUUUUGGCAUUAAAGUUCAUUGUUUACAAAGCAUUGUUCUUACCAUCCAAUUCAGAAAGCUCUGCAAUUUUUAUUAAAAAACUUUUGAUUUUACAAAAUGAAAAGGAAAAGCUGUCUGUUAAAUUUCAUUCUGAGACUUUCAAGAAAAAUGACAGUACUAUUAUCUUUAAUGAUAAUGAUGAUUUACUUUUCCAAGGAUCUAAAAAAUAUUUGGUCAAUAAAAUAUUGCCAUAUUAUUUAUUAAAUAAUAAUACCACAAAAAAUAGAAAAACUAAUAACGAUAUAAACAAGUCAGACUUAUUGACUAGUUUGAGUUUAGGUAUUCACUGGGAACCAAUGAAAAUGGCAAAUAACGGUAAAUAUCCAUUUGAAGUGUUUGACGAAAUGAUUUCAAAAAUCACAUUAAAACAACAGAAUUUAAAGAAAAAUUCUGCACUUCCAUUGCCACCAAAUUUACCCACAACUACUUCAUACAACAGUAGUGAUAAUAAUAAUAAUAAUAACAACAACAAUAAUAAUAAUAGUAAUGACAGUAAUUCAUUAUCGUCAAAAUACUUUAAUUUUAUCGCCGGUGGUAGUAGUGCAGGCACAAAUGUUUCCUUACCCACAAGUAACAAUAAAGUCACUAAUAAAUUGUCAACAACUAUAGAUAGUCCAGAUAGUAGUAAUACCGUUAAAACACCAAUUGCGAAUUUUUUUAUGAAAUUCGUAAAUAAUCAACAUAAUGAACAAAAUGCAAGCCCUAGUAAUCCCAACAGAUAUGCUAAUAGUAGUUCUGAUAGCAAUGAUAAUGGCAAUAUUUCAGAUUCUGAGUCUAUUGACAUAAUGACAAUGUAUUCGAAUGUAUCGUCCAUCAAUGAUGAUACGUCUAAUUAUUUGAAUGCAACCACUUCUUCAAACCUAUCACCUAAAAGAAAAAGAUUAAUGGCACCCCCUGAGCUAAAAGAUGCCAUGAAUACCAUAAAAUCAAAUCAUUUUUCCACUACUGAUGGUAUUGUUUCUUCUUCCAACACAAUUCAUAGUGGGCCGAGUCGUACCAGUAAUAAAAAUAAAAAUAUUGAAUACAUUUUUCAAAUCAAUAACGUUAUCACUGAUUUUUAUCCUGAUAGUAUGUAUAACUGCAAUAUUAAAAAGUCGAAUUCCCUUAAAAACAACAUAUCAUCUAAUUAUAAGCAUCCUCUGAAUAAAGUAUGGGAAGCAAACAUGAGAUGGGGCGUCCAGCCAAUGAAUACUAAUAAUAAUAAUAAUAAUAAUAAUAAUAAUAAUAAUAAUAAUAAUAAUAAUAAUAAUAAUGGCAAUAAAUCACAUGAAGAUAGUACAGAUAAAAAAAUUAAUUCAAACAUCAAUUUUAGUAAAUUGAAUUUGAAUGAAAAACCACUGCCAAUUCCAGGAAAAUCCAAUAAUGCUACCAAAAAGUGUCAAGAAAUUUUUACUUUCGAGGUAAAUACAGGUCAUGAGGACGAGCUUGAUUAUAUUAAAAGUUUAAAUAAAAGUGAUACCUUAUUGGAUAAUUUUGAUUUUAAUUCUUUGGCCUCAAGAAAUACUGUUAAUUCACUAUCCGCUGGGCUUAAUAGUAGUAGUAAUGGUACCAUUGGUAGCUUUAGUUCUGAAAAUCAUGGGGAAGAGGAGCUCAAGUAUAUCGAACAAGAAAAUAAUAAUAGUAAUUACGAUGCCCCCGAUUUAGAUCUAUCUUUAUUUCCAGUAAGCUUGUUAAAAGAAAUUAAAAGUAGCGAUAGCAAUGAUAAUACCCCAUUAGCUACCAGUGUAGCAGGUCAUAUACAAAAUGCAGAAACAUUAAGAAUGAAAGAAUUAACUCUAUUCAAUAGCAUAAUUGAUGUAAUUAAAAAAUUUAAUGCUACAGUAUUGGAAUAUAAGAACACAUGUGAAUUAGAUAAUAUUGAUGUUAAAUAUGGAUUGUUUAUUGAAUAUAAUGCCACUAGAAAGAGUGUAAGUAACAGUUCUACCAAUUACAACAGUUCAGAUACAUUUGUAAUAUAA